AUGGCUGAUGUUAAAUUUAUUACAACAGAAGUUUCAACAUUAUCAAUGUUGACUAUUGAACAAUCAUGUAUUUAUUGUCAAACAACAGCAUGUCAUUGUCCUUUAACACAAUAUAUUUUAAAUUGUUCAUUCUAUAAAUUAAAUUUACCAUUUAUAGCAAAUUGUGCAGAAAUGAUAAUAUGGAAAAUAGUUGAUUUUUCAUUACGUAAUCUUAAAACAUUGAAUUCAAGCAAUCUUUUAUCAUUACGUAUGGAACGUUUAUUAUUAAAAUCAAAUUUAAUAACAUAUAUUCAUGAUAAUACAUUUGAUUCAAUAGGUGAUAUUCUUAUUGAACUUGAUUUAGAAAUGAAUCAAAUAUUAAAUAUAUCAAAAUGGUUAAAUUCUAAAUUAAUUUAUUUAAAAAAAUUAAAUUUAGCAUUCAAUCGUCUUGAAACAUUUGAUAAUAUUGAUAAUAUUCAAUUAACUAAUUUACAAGAAUUAAAUUUAUCACAUAAUCACAUUAAUAUUUUUCCUAAUAAAAUUUAUCAAUGGACUUCUUUAAUUAAACUUGAUUUAUCAUUUAAUAAAUUAUCGAGUAUACCAAGAUUUGCUCUUAUGGAUAUGAAUAAUUUAACAUGGUUAUCAUUAGCAUCAAAUAGAAAUUUAACUUGUGUGAUUCAAGAUUCUUUCAAGUAUCUUAAAUCAUUGAAAUAUCUUGAUUUAUCAAAUACAAAUUUACUUGAUCUUGAUGCAUGUAUAUUUAUUCAAUUAACUGGUUUAAAAACACUUUCAAUACAAUAUGUUUUACUUAAUUGUACAUCUUGUUGGCUUUCUAUAGCUAGAAAAACUUCAUUACAAAUAUUUGGACAAUGUUUCAAUGAGAAAACAAUCCAACAUAUUGAUUCUCUUACUGAUAGACAAAUUCAGAGUGCCUGUUCAAGAUCAUCAAUUGAUUGUUCAUUUGAUUAUUGUGAACCUGGUUCGAUAAAUCAUCAAAAAAAAUCUAAUGAACUAGUUUCAUUAACUAAAAAUUCUCAUAUAACAAGAAAACGUACAAUAGAAAUUAUGCUUAGUAUAAUAUUUGGUAUAAUUGCAAUUAUUAUUGUGAUUACAUUGAUUAUUUUCAUAUCUCGAUGGAAACAAAAUAAAAGAUUAUUUUGUUGCCGUUGUCCUCAAACAACAGUAGCUGAAGAAACACGUCGUCGUCGUCAACAAAUAAUCGAUAAAAAUCCAACUGUGAUUGAGUCUGUUGUUACACAUGGUGCCAAUAUGAAUGUACCAUCAUAUCCAUAUCAAAAUUAUGCAUAUGUCAAUGAUGAAGCUUCAAAUAAUAAACGAAAACUCUAUAAUCCUAUGUUUGCUGAUUCUCCGACAUCAGAUAUUCGACAUCAACAACAAUCAGUUAUGACAUCGAAUGACAGUAUUUUUUAUAAUAGUCAAUUGUAUUCUGAAAAUCUAUAA